AUGCCAUCCAGCGAUGUUUCAGAGCGAAGCAGUCGUAGAUUCUUCUUCAAAGGCAGAUCAAAAAAGAAAAAGAGCUCCAAAAAAGCCAAUGCUUCCCCAUUUCAGUUAAUGCAGUCGCUGGGAACUGGAAGUAUGUCUCCUGCUGGAGCGAUCACUUUUGUUCCUAGUCCUACGAAGUUGAUCAAUUUCAAAAUGAACUUUGAUGCGCCACCAGUCAAAAUACGGGGAAAUCCAAAAAUAUUUUCGAGAAGCGACAGCUCCUUCAUCAGGGUUUCUGACCUGGACAUGGAUUCCGAGCACACUUCUUGCUCGACAGUUCAGUCGGAAGAUGCCCACCCAAAUUUUCACCAUCCAGCCAUUGAUCCUCCACCAGGCAUUGAAACCGAUGAAAAGGAGAAAUGGAUUGCUCUAAACGACGGAGACGGAGCAUGGUCUCCCAUUGCCCCACUCGCAGUCAGUCGGCUUGCUGCCUUGGGCCUUGCAACUUCAAUUGACGACUGCAUGUGGAAUCCUGACAGAAAUACCGAUAAGUUGCUGAAGAAGUCGAAUGAAUCAGACUGGAUGCAGAACACGUUCAAGCCAUGCCAAGUUUCGGUGGAAGAUCCUUCUCAUAACCACGAGGUUCUUGUGUGGACGGGGACAUUCAGUCAUUCAUACUACGGAAGUGAUCUUCCAGCCAUUCGAGUUGCGGGUGUCGUGGACAUGUCACCGCAGAACCUUGUUGAGCUGCUAGUAGAUAGCGGUAGAGUCAAGGAGUAUAACAAGCUAAGCCUUGGCAGAGAAGACCUUGUUGUCUUCCAAAACGACAUGCAAGAGAAAGGACCCUUCGGCUGUAGCGUUACAAAGGUUAUGAAGUCGGUCUCGAAGCCACCAAUGAUAAGAACAAAUAUGGUUUUCGUUUCGGUUCUUCACGCAAGAGAAUUAGAAGAUGGCAGUGGGUUCCUCAUUGUUACCCGGGCUGUUCACCAUCCAGAAAACGAAAUGGGGGGUUCUGCAAAUGUCAUCAAAAGCGAAAUCCUAAUGGGCGUAAAUUUGAUUCGCAAGAUCAAUGGUGCUGAUAAUCAAUGUUUGAUGAUAAACGUGAAUCAUAUCAGAUCACCCAUGGUUCCAAUGAUGAUCGCUAAGAAACUCGGAGUAUCUGCAGCAAUUGGAUUUGUCAACGAUAUCCGUGCUGCAUGCUAA